UGUUUGAUCCAUCUAGCUCAGGACACGAACAAUGAUAUUUGUUGGUGUGGGUCGACUCGUCAUCCGUUCGUCUGAUCUCGUCGGGAGGGAAAGAACCUGUGGAAGAGCCGGGGUUGCCCCCCGGAUUAAGCUCCGACGGUCAAGUUAGUGUCGGUUUGUAGAGAUAGUUGAGAGAAUAAGGUAGAGAGAUGAAGUGUAGAGAGAUAAUGGAAAGUGGAAAGUGGGGAGAGAGGGCCGAAGUCCCCCUCUUUGGAGGGCUUCCAGCCC